AUGUUGUGGAGGGCAACCAAGGCAACAUAUCCUCAAGCAUGGAAAAGAAAAACGAAGAAAAUGAGGAAGGUUAAUAACGAGACCUACAAAUACUUAUUGAAAAUUCCUCCUAGAUUUUGGAGUAAGUAUAUGUUUAAUUAUAAUACUAAAUGUGAUAUGUUGGUGAACAAUAUGUUAGAAACAUUUAAUAGUGUUAUAAUUGGACUAGGACAAAAGCCAAUUGUAACAGUGCUAGAGGAGAUAAUAGGGUACUUCAUGGAUAGAUGGGCAAAUAAUAUAAUCAAGAUUGAAGAUUAUAGUGGUUAUUUACUUCCAAGAAUUAAAAAAGGGUUUGAAAGACAACAAGAAAUAUCAAGAUUCUUUAUGGCUAGGUAA